AUGUCGGACAUUAAGAAGGUUCACACCGCGAACGCGUGUCCUCCUGCUGGACCCUACACACAAGCCAUUGUUGCAGGCCCCAAUGUCUUCGUCUCCGGUCAAAUCCCCGCCGAUACCAAGGGCAACUUGAUCGAGGGCAGCAUCGCGGACAAGACCAAGAUGUGCUGCGAGAACAUCAAGGGUAUUCUCACCGAGGCGGGUGUUGCUAUGGACAGGAUUGUCAAGGUCAACGUCUUCCUCGACGACAUGGCAAACUUUGCCGAGAUGAACGGCAUGUACGAGCAGUACUUCUCCCACAAGCCUGCGCGCAGCUGUGUUGCCGUCAAGCAGCUGCCCAAGGGUGUGCCGGUCGAGAUUGAGUGCAUUGCGUAUACUGACCUCAUAACCCAUUACCUUUCGCGUUUCUCCAUCAAUGUCCUCAAACUAUCCACACAAUCAUUCCUCUGCGCUAUGCGACUACUGCAUGUCGACACCGAUGGCUCCUUCAAUCUUACUGAGUUCUCCUUUGAGAUACCACCUUACGCUAUCCUUUCUCACACCUGGGGCGAAGAUCACGAAGAAGUCAACUAUCGCGACAUCGUAGAAAAGAAGGGUGCCACAAAACCCGGGUAUGCGAAGCUUCAGUUCUGCGCGCGACAAGCUGUGCGAAACCAUAUUCGCUAUAUUUGGGUGGAUACAGCCUGCAUUGAUAAAAGCAGUAGUGCGGAGCUAUCGGAAGCCAUCAACUCGAUGUACCGUUGGUAUCAGUGUGCUGCUGUAUGCUAUGUGUACCUCUCGGAUGUGACCCACAAAGUUAUGCAAGCUGAUGCUCGGAUCAUUCAGAGCAGCAGGUGGUUCAGACGCGGUUGGACACUUCAGGAGCUCAUUGCUCCCAAGUCAGUCCAAUUUUUCACUGCUGAAGAGAUAUACAUCGGAGACAGAGCUUCACUUCAACACGACAUAGUUGAAGUCACGGGAAUACCGGAAGCUGUUCUGCAAGGUCGUCUGGACGCGAUCAAACAUUGCACAACACAUCAAGUACUAUCAUGGGCAAAACGACGCCAAACUAAACGUGAGGAAGACGCUGUAUAUUGUUUGAUGGGUCUGUUCGACGUCAACAUGCCACUUCUCUACGGCGAGGGGCGCACGCGAGCACUUCGAAGGCUUUUUAUCGAGAUCGAACAGAAUAAUCGGCAUGCGACCGUCAUUGAAACAUACAAGACUCUAGUCCAAACGCCUGACUACAUAAUACAGGAUGUCUAUGCUACCCUCUCCUCACCCAUCGCGAUACCUCUUUUCAUGAUCAUGUUCUAUACAAUAGCCUCUACCUCUUACAAGGUAGUUACCAUCAUUGAUACAGCCUAUUCUAUAUUGGUGUGUCUGCUUAUCCUUAUGAUUUUCUUAUUGAUGUGUCUGCUUAUUCUUAUGAUUUUCUUGAGAGGUGUUUUCAUUAUACAGUCAUUAAAGUUCGGCACCACCGCAACAACUGCUGUAAUUCUCUUAUUGCUAUUUCAGAUCGACUGA